CCUUAGCUUACAAGGAGUAUGAGAAGCAACGGGAAGUUUAGCUGUCACUUUUGUGCGAUUCCGAGCAUCGGCGCUCGGCAGUCUGCAGUGAUAUCAGAACCGGCAUUCAGUAUCCUAGCUGUUUCAUGUACCGGCCUGUGUUUAGGUAUUUCUUGGAUUUUAAUAAAUCAAAUUGAAACAUGGCGGCAAUAAGAGUGGCUCUUUCAGUUUUUGGGAGAACUUCAGCUCAUCUUCAUACUCGGGCUCAAUUUUUACAAGGCAAUCAACGUUUGGUGUUUAAUGUAUUUACCUACAGAUUAUUAUCCACUCAUCACAUUUCAAAAAAUAUUGAGCUCAUAUCACAGAAUAGUGAUGUUGGGACACGGAGUAAUAAUUUUCAAAUGAACCCAUCCAAAGAUCGUCCUUUACUUGUUAUCUUAUCAUGGCUGAUGUCCAAAAGGAAACAUAUUAUGAAAUUCGCAAACUUCUAUAUGGAACAGGGCUUUGAUGUAGUGACUGUAUCGAUCAGUCCAUGGCAACUUAUGUGGCCAGUGAAAGGAUCUCGUCUGGUCGCAGCAGAUUUUCUCACAUUUUUGGAACAGAAUCAGAAUUACCAUCAAGUGCUUUUGCAUGGAUUCUCCGUCGGUGGAUACAUGUGGGGUGAAGUUUUGGACUUAAUAAUUAGCAAUCGGCAGAGAUAUGAUCCCGUUAUUAAACGUAUAGUUGGACAAGUUUGGGACAGCGCGGCUGACGUUAGUGAAAUAUCAAUUGGAACACCACGUGCAGUAUUUCCAAACAAUGCCAUGCUCCAAGGAGUGAUGAAAAAAUAUCUCGAGUAUCAUAUGAAAACAUUUCACAAGCAAGCAACUCAGUACUACAUUCGUUCUAGUCAACUGUUUCACACAAAUUUAGUGAGAGCUCCGGCUCUGUUUUUGGUCAGCAAGACUGAUCCUGUGGGUACUCUAAAGUCAAAUCAGCGGGUGAAAGAAAGUUGGAAUUCUCUGGGUGUUGAGACGUACAUGAAAAUUUUUGAAACGUCCCCACAUGUUGGACACUUUCACAAGCACCCUAAGGAAUAUGUUACAGAAUUAUACACGUUUCUGGAUAAACUGGAAUUAAUACGAAAUGAAGAAAAGAUUAGAGCCCGCAUGUAAUUUCGAUUAUCAAAUAUAUAUACUUCAAAUUUU